UUUAGAGGCAUCGAAGAAGACCGUGUGAGGUGCGCAUGCGUAGUCGCUGUCGGUGCUCUUGCUAUCAAGUCAAGAUGGCGGAUCUACUAGGUUCAAUAUUAAAUUCGAUGGAAAAACCUCCAACAGUCGGCGACCAGGAAAGCCGGCGAAAGGCUCGAGAGCAAGCAGCGAGGCUCAAGAAAAUGGAAGAAGAAGAGAAAAGAAAGAAAGCAGCAUUCAGGAAAAAGAUGGAGAAAGAAGUGUCAAAUUUCAUCCAAGACAGUACACAACAGAAGCAAAAAUACAAUCCCAUGGGGAAGAUUGAGAGAAGUAUAUUGCAUGAUGUCGCUGAAGUGGCUGGUCUGACUUCUUUUUCUUUUGGAGAGGAUGAAGAGAGUCGUUAUGUCAUGUUGUUCAAGAAGGAGUUUGCUCCAUCCGACGAGGAGCUGGAGGCUUAUCGCAAAGGAGAGGAGUGGGACCCUCAGUUAGCAGAGCAGCGCCGCAGGCUAAAGGAGCAGGCGGCUCUGGAAGAAGAAGCAUCCCGGCAGAGCAACAAGUCGGAGGCGUGUCCAAACUCCAACUACAGAGACAAGUACAGCCACCUGAUUGGCACGUCUGCAGCCAAAGAUGCAGCGCGCACACUGGAAGCCAACCAGGCCUAUGGGUGUGUGCCGGUGGCCAACAAGAGGGACACUCGCUCCAUAGAAGAAGCCAUGAACGCAAUCCGAGCAAAGAAGCGACAGAAGUUAGAAGACGACACAGGCGCACACAGCAGCACUUUUUGAGUCGCUCUGUGUAAUCACGCUUACAUGAGGAUGUGCAAUGUGGUCCCUGACUAGAAAUGCAAUAUUCUGUACUUUAGAGACUUCAUACUGUAUAUGGCCGAUGGAUGCUCUACUCAGAUCCUGAUUGGAGAGAAGACAUUCAGGAUUUCUGAGUUUUUAACAUUGUGUAAGCUCAUAACAUCUGUCGUAAUUGAGCCAUUCACAGUAUAAGGAACAUGCAUUUGUUUAAAUAAGACACCUCAAGUGUUAUCUAAAAUCCUGAAUAGGACAUUUUAAUGCAGAUUGUUAGCAUUACCGGUAAAGUUUCAAAUUACACUGUUUUUUUAAAGUUCACCUCAGUAUGUCAUUUCUCUUUUUUUCCCCAUUAUAAUUUUUACUAGUCAGCAUCUGUCAAGAUUAAUACAGCCUAAAAGAUCUCUUUUUAAUACUAAUGUAUACAUUUUAAUUAUCAGGGAUUUUUUCUUUUUCUUUUCUGUGAGCAACCGCCACUCCAUGAUGUCAAUGUAUACAAUGAUAUGAGAUGGAGCAGAGGCACCUGACGUCAUGUUUUAUUUGAUGUCCUUAUUCUUUUAAGAUGAGGGUUUCUUGGUGUAUUUUAAAAAGGUUGUUUCAUCACCCCACGUGUAUGAAAUGUGAAAACAACAGUAAAAAAAAAAUACAAAAUGAA